GAAGCGAUGAUACCCAUUUCGAGGUCAGCAUGGCCAACAAUGGGUGUGAAGUGCAUCGUUUUGAUCCUAGUGUCAAAUUGGCGCACGUUCAGGAGAGUCAGCGCCUUUGGUAUCACCGCUUGUCUGUCGACUGGAGGGAUCCCCAUCCUGCCGUCGUGGCCCAAAAUCCACACAGUAACACCAGAAAACUGGGGAGCAUUUUGAAUGAAUUUGGCCAUCACAAGAUUGAUGUUCUCAAGGCAGAUCUGGAAAGUGCAGAGUGGAAAGUUUUGGAAAAUCUUAUUCUGGAAGAUGUCCUGGAACAGAUUGGACAGCUCAUCUUUGAAAUCCAUCUCCACUGGCCUGGGUUUGAGGUCAGCGGCAGUGACAGCAGUGUCGUGCGGUUCUGGUACAGUCUCCUCAAAGAGAUAGAACUAAAGGAUUUCAGGCUUUUUCACAGUUACAAAGAUUUAUCUAAACCUCAGCUAUUCCUGAAGAAAGACAUUUUCAAUGCAAGUAGCUGUUAUACUCUGAGUUGGGUGAAUACAAGAUGGAAAUAAUACCAGGACACAUUUGUGGAAUGGGGCUUAUCCAUGGUUCUAAUCCUAGGUUGACUCAUCCAGUCUCUCACCUGUGUCACCUGUCUAGCCUGUCACCUGCGUGAGUGCAUGCACUGGUGGUUGAUGUGUGGCAGGGGCUCAGUCAGUAUUUGCUGAAGGGAUGAACACUGUCAAACCCUUGUUUGCUCAGACCUUAGCUUCACCUCUGACAGAGUGGAGAUGUUUAUCCUCCUUCACUUUAACUUGGAAGAUAAUCCCUCCCUCAUCCUAGAGUUUCCUAGAAUUCAUUAUGGAUCCAUAGUCCAUGAAUUCACCAAUCUUGAAAUGAUUCUUUUCUUUAGGUUUUUGCCAUAGGGCAUGCGCACUCACUGGGGAGAAACACAGGCAGAGACAGACAGACAGAGAAAGUGAGAAAUCACCCCUUGGCGGGAGCGGAUGGGCAUGCAGCAAUCCCUGUGAUCCCUUCUCUUCAAGUCUCCUCUUGGAAUUUUGGGCAUGCGCACAUGUGCAUCACAGGCCUGAGUUUCAGUCCAUCAGGUUCUGGACUUGAACUGUGGUCGUCCAUGUGGGAGUCCAGUCCAUGCCACCAGCUGGCCCCUAUUUUCCAUUUUUACUAGGUUGAGAUUCUGGAGUAUAUUGUCUACUGUUUAAAAAUAGGACCUUCCAUGUGACUUAACUCAUCUUUUUCAGAAAGUUUUUCUUCCCCCCUUAUUAAUAAUACUAUUUAUAGCCAGGUAGAUUUCAAUCAUUCAUUCUCAGCUUUUGCUGAGGCCUUGCCACAGCUUUAUGAGAAUUAUUAAUUGUGACUUCUGGGAACUCAGACACACCAAAUUCUGUCACUGAGUUUAAAAGACUUGACUAUCAAGAGCUUCGAGAGCUUCAAGAUUCUUCUUACACUCAGCCCACAAUUUCUUUCACUUCCUAUGAAACUAAGCACUCAGCAGAAUCUGUAUGUACACUAUUACCUCUUCUGUCUGCAAACAUGGUUUUCCAACCACGAGCUUGCCUAUGCAAUCACAUCUUUUAUUAUUAACUUUAAGCUAUAUUAUUGCAAAUGCUCAGUGCAUUUUUCUUGACUGCCAGUUGGCACUGUGUAUGAUUGUGGCCUGAGGGCCGUGGUCUCUCUUUCCUCAGAUGCUUACAUAAUAUUUCAGUAAUAUCAAUCUUUUUACAUUAAGGAAAAGUUAAACAGAAAGAAUAGAUUCUCCGUAGUUGGAUUAGAUAUUUACGCCUAUGAAUGAUUUGCAAAAAUCCUAUUUUGAAUAAACUAGUGAAAUAGUGUAAAAGUACAUUAGAUUAUUACCUUAUUCUAAGUUCAGUAUUGGGGGGAAUACAUAUUUUACCUCUUGAAAGGAAGAAAAUGGAAUAUAUAUUGUUCAAAAAAUUGGGGGAAGGAAUAAAAUACCGAUCAUAAGCAUUUUUUUCCUUCUCCCAGUUUUUUCUUCUCUUUCAACCCUCAGAUAUUCCCCGGGUUGGCUUUCUGUCCCUUGCAGCAGUUUGAAAAAUACCACUUGAGGAAGUGAGAAACUAAAAUAUAAAAUAAUCUCACUUAGUUGAGUUCAAAAGAGAAAGGAUUUCUGAAUUAGUUGUGAUUUUUUUAAUGCCACAGGGUGUGUGCGCAUGUGCAUAUGAAAGAGAGAGAGAGAGAGAAUCCCCCAGUAGGGCCUGUCCUACUGCAAUACUUUUUCUCCAUUUUUCCAUCUUUUCAGGAUCCUGGGCACACACUUGUGUCCAGUGUAUUUCUGCCAGGGCUGGGAUUAAAACUGCAGUGGCCAUGUAGGAUCUAGCUGUGAGGUUGACCCAGUCAUGAUGGUGUUGCCAUAAGCAGGCACCACCAUGCCCAGUCAUGAUGGUUUUAAUUUAAAAAAAGUUUUUCAGACCAGCAGUUGGU